GUUUUCAAGGAACUCAGAGGCUCCUUAGAAGCUCAUGGUAGCAGCUAGGGUAUACCCAAGUCGAAAUACUUGUUACACACACGCACAAGUUGAAAGCCAGCCGAGUAAUAUGAAUAACAAAAAGUCCUUAUGCGUGUGGACUCAAGCGGCAACAAAUAACAAGAAAACGAAGAAGAACAACAACAACAACAACAAAAAGACGCUACAGCAAAACUUACAAUCCUUGUGGCUAACGAGCUGGUUUGGCUCCCACAACAACAACAGCAACAACAACAGCAGCAACAGCAACAGGGGCAACAACAACAACAGGAGGUGGCAGAAGCAGCUGAAAGACGCCGGCGCUGUCGAUGCUGGCGUUUACACGCUACAACAGCCGCAUAAAUUUCCGCUUCAAUUGGACGUGUACGGCGGUAAUUGCAGCUUUGAUUACCAGCAACACGAACUGCCAUCCGGACAUUACCAACAACAACAACAACCGGGACAACGACAACUAGAACGCGCCGCAUCAGCAGCUCAAGAGCAAUCAACACUUUCCAUACAGCAUCUAAAACAGCUGAAAGAUCAGGGGAAAAGGCAGGCGGAGCAGUGGAGAUUUUUAAGAAUUUCCUCCGAAAUUAACGAGACGAAAUUUAUUGAAAGUUCAGCGGCUCAAACAAUGGACAAUAUGGUUUAUCAAUGCAGCAAUCAGAACUCCAUUUACGUGCUCAACGCCGGCUACAAUCCAACAUAUGGCGAGUUCGGCGCACAUGCGUUGGCAGCAACAGGGCGUGAAAUGAAUGGCAGGAGGACAACAAGCAAUUCAAUUGGGGCAAGUUGUUCAAGUGCCGCCUGCAGUUUGCAGCAUAAAUUCAAAACUUUUGGCACAGCCAACGGCAACUCGUCAGCAGCAGCAACAGCAGCAGCAGCUGCAGCACCAACAACCACAUCAACAAUAACAAACCCAGCAGCAGCAGCAGCAACAACAAAUCCGGUCGCUACAUCAAUGUCAACCGCAAUGUGUUCACCGGCAACGGCAGCGCUGCAGAAAUUGUUCAAUUGCAACGUCACAGUCGGCGGCGGAUCUAUUGGCGACGUCUGCCAAAAUGUCAGCCACAGAAAUCAGCAGCAGUGCCACAAAAACAACAACAACAAUAGCAGCAACAACAAUUGCCCAGUCGGGAGCCAUAACAAUAGCUGCCUGUCAGCAACAGCCUCGCAUAGAUGCCGCUGCGUUGCGCACGAAACUGCCGCAAAUGGAAAUGGAAACGGGAGUGGAAGUGGAAAUGGGAGUGGAAGUGGAAACGGUGUGGCAACAGCAUCGGCAGUUGGGGCUGGGGUAGCAGCAGGUGCACUUCCGCUGCUUGGCGCCGUGGCCAACAGGAAGAAAUGCACCAAUGUCAAAUCAACGCUUAUUGCCAAGAAGACAAAGUUUUUGAAAUUUCUCGAAGAAGAGAAAUGGCGCAGCAACCAGCAGCAGCAGCUGACACCGGAUGAGGCGGAAGCCUGCGGUGCCACACAGCAGCCCAGCAGGGCCAACAGCAAUGGGGCGGAUCCCUACGCAGCGUCCACGUCCACUUCAGCGGCCGCAUCAUCAUUUGCAGCUCACUCAGCCGGCAAGGAUAACAACAGCAACAUGAAAAAUCACAACAGCAACAACAACAGUCAAGAGGCAGCAGGCGUGGAAGUGGGAUCAGGAGCCGGAGAUGGAGCUGGAGCUGGAGCAGAGCAGCAGCAAAAUAAAUUGAACAAUUGGAGCAUGCAUAAUGACAACAACAACAAGUUGGCCAACUACACGCAACAACAGGAACGCGGAGAGGGCGAACGGAAGCUGGAGAGUUAUAAACAACAAGCCAACAGGUCCUCCAGCUAUGAGCUGUACCAGGAGGCGGCGGAUAUACUAGGACUGAGCUGCAGCCUCUGUGAUAAUUGCCGUUGCUUGGACUGCCAGAGCGGGUACUUUGAUUGCGCCGAUGAUGAUGACGAGAGCUACUCGGAGCAUUCACUGAUGGAUGAGUACGAUGAAUACGACUAUGGCUACGGCUACGAAGAGCAGAUGCUGCUCCUGGCUGGCGCCCAUCAAGCUGGUCACACUAAUCAGCCAGCCAUGACACAGGCGGAGGGGCAAGUGGAGCGAGACUCGGACCAGGAGCAGCAGUUGGAGCUGUGCUAUGCACUUGAUUGCCAACAGAAUUGCAGCAAAGUUGACGGCCCAGAGGAGUCGCCGGAGUCCGGCGCCGAGUGGAUGUCCAAGUCUGAGCAACGUUUGGCCAUUGAUUUUGAUUUAAUUAAUGCAACCAGCAGCCAAGUGCUGGAAAAUUGUUCAACAUUCAACGAUUUAAGUUUAUUGGAUGCCGAGCAGCAAGUGAAGCCAUUUACGUAAAUUAAGGUGGGUAUUC